GAACGCCAUCUUGGAGAAAUAAAUAAGCAGCUUAAGGACAGGCUUGACGCAGAAAGUGCCUCUUUUAGAGCCAUUCAAGGAUCUUGGGCUUCUGAUGGAGUAGUAACCAACAAUGCAUUCUCCUUGCAGCCAUCUCAAUCCAACAACAUGGAUUGUGAACCCACUCUACAAAUAGGGUUUCCGCAGCUUGUUCCUCCAGAAGCAGCCAUAACGAGGAACACAGGCGGAGAGAACAAUUUUAUGCUAGGUUGGGUUCUUUGAACAAUUUGAAUCCAAAAAGACAUUUAUAUGGUUUGUAUGAUCUUUUGGAUCGGUCCUUGUGUGCUGACCGUACCUUGUUCCUACUUUAGUUCCUGUGCACUGCAACUGCUGAAUCUUAACUGGUUUUUGCUGGACAAUUCAUAAGACUAAAUGUUCUUGUUGGCUUCAAAUUAUAUAAUGUCAGCCUAAGCAACGUGAUCAGUUGCUUGUCCGUGUAUAAGUUCUGCGAGAGUAACAAUAUUAAUCAAAUUAUGCGGCCAUCAGAAUUUAAGAUGUUUCUUA